CAACGAACGCCAGUAUUUUCUUAAUCAUCAAUCAGCUCUGAAACAGAAAGGUUGGAUCAUUUUUUUCUCCUAAUCUUCAUCAACACGGAACGGGCGAACAAUUAAAAUGAAACUGUUAAUCUCAAAACAACCACUUGCUCUGCUUAUUGUUAUCACAUUAUUAAGUAUAUCGAACGGUCAAGAUGACUGCAAUUCAUUGAACUGUGUGCUUCCGAACUGCAAUUGUAAAAGCUCAAAUAUACCACAUGGGUUGUCGAAAGAUGUCGUACCACAGCUUGUCAUGAUUACAUUUGAUGAUGCAGUCACAAUAGAUAACUAUGAAACCUACAGUCAUUUAAUGACCGGUAUUACGAAUCCGAACGGCUGUCCAAUCAGUGCUACUUUCUUUGUCUCACACGAAUACACUAAUUACAAGACAGUACAGCAACUCCAUUCACAGGGCCACGAAAUUGCCAGUCAUUCGAUUUCACAUCGUUUUCCACCAUCUUGGUGGGAAACAGCUAAUUAUACUGAUUGGUAUUCAGAAAUACAGGGUCAGCGUGAAAUGCUUUCUACUUGGGCUCAUAUCGAUAAAUCCGAAAUCAAAGGUAUGCGUGCCCCAUUUCUACAGCCUGGGGGAAACUGGCAAUUUCAGAUUAUUUCAGAUUUAAAACGCGAUGGUUUUAAAUAUGAUGCUUCAUUAGUCUCUUACAUUCAUAAAAUUGAUCCAUACGCUCCUCCAAUAUGGCCGUAUACCCUAGACUUUCCAUCAGUUGAUGAUUGUGGGGUAAAACCGUGUCCAGAUUGGACAUUUCGUGGUUUAUGGGAAAUCCCAUUGGUCGAAUACGAAGACAAAGACGGUACUCUUUGCGCUAUGUUAGAUGAAUGUGAUACGUCUAGGUCAGAAGAAGAGCUUUAUAAUGUCAUUAUGAAGAACUUCGAGAACCAUUACAAUACCAACAGGGCUCCUUUCGGAAUUUAUAUGCAUUCACCAUGGUUAAAAAAUCCUUCUAAUUUUAAUGUGGUUCGGCGAUUUAUGCAAGACAUAUCUACUCGGGGUGAUGUUUGGUUUGUGUCACAAUCAAAAGUACUUGAUUGGAUCCAAAAUCCUAAGACACUGCAAUCGAUGGACACGUUUUCACCAUUUAAUUAUCAGGAGUAUUUCAAUCGGCAACACGCUCGAGCAACACGUAAAAUGAAGCUUUGGAGUCAGUCGACCGGAUUAAAUUUUCCAGGUAGGACUACAGAAACCCUUUAUAAUGAUGCAACUCCAUCUUACGACUAUGGGGAGUCAUAUGGUGUAUAUUACAACGGUCAAAAUGAACCAGGCUUCAUACCAUAUCUAAAACCAAAUGAAGAUGCAAAUCAUCAAGAAGGUUAUUAUUCUGAAGAUUCUGGAACACCAGAACGAGAAGCAGGUGACGCCAAAUUAACAUCAAAUCUUCUUGCGUCUAUCUUAGGUCCAAAAAAUAUGGCGAGAAUCGGUGUUAGUCGUAAAAAGAGACAGUCCAACACAUUCCAUGAACUUCACAUAUGUUCGGAAUAUUGUCCUUUUCGGUACCCUUGGCUUAACAACAUCGAUGGCCAAUAA